GAGUGGAGCCUGUAGUGGCAGGAGACCGUCACUUGGACCAACAGGGGCAAUAACGAAACCCGAGUCUGUGCGUAAAAGGAAACAAAAACGCAGCAGGAAUGGCCUCUUUACGCAGGAGUUCUGUGCGUCCGCUGGAUUUUAUACUGGUAAAAGUUUGAUACAUUUUCACGUGUUUCAUCCUCACGUGCCAAAAACGCGCAGCUGGGGUAAGAAAUGAAAGCAAGUGCGUCGCUCCUGUGUAGAUCUUGUUUACGGGAGGUUUCCAAAUGGCUUGACGCACGAGUCUUUCUUCGCGUCUGAUCACCGCAGAUAACAGCCGGACUUUGGCUUCAAUUCCUCGGACUUUUCCCCCGUUUGGGCCGUCACCAUGAGAGGCUGCUGGCUCUGCGUCCUCGGGCUGUGGUGGAGCGCGUACUACUGCAGCGUGCCAGUCUCCGGGAGGAACAACUUCUCUCUGGAUGGGACCAACGAGGUUCACCCGGGGUUUGUCCACAGGAGACUGAGGACGCACGAAAAACGGGAGAUGCAAAAGGAGAUUCUAUCCAUACUGGGGCUCCCGCACAGACCCAGACCGCAUUUGUCCCACGGGAAGUUCAACUCCGCGCCGCUCUUCAUGUUGGACUUGUACAACACUAUAUCGAGCGAGGAGAAAAGCCAAGUGGAAGGAGUUUUGGACCGGUACAGCCCGAUGAGAACGACGCAAAGUCCGCACAUGGCCACGUUCCAGGAAACUGCCUUCCUAAAUGACGCGGAUAUGGUGAUGAGCUUUGUCAAUUUAGUGGAGUUCGACAGGGAGCUCUCCCCUCAGCGGCGGCAUCACAAAGAGUUUAAGUUCAACCUGUCCCAGAUCCCGGAGGGCGAGGCCGUCACCGCAGCGGAGUUCAGGCUGUACAAAGAGUGCGUGAGCCGAGCCUUUCCCAACGACACCCUCCUCCUCAAGGUGUACCAGGUCGUCCAGGAGCAUCCCGACCGGGAGGCAGACCUGUUCCUGCUCGAGUCCCGCAGACUGUGGGUGGCUGAGGAGGGCUGGCUGGAGUUUGACAUCACAGCCACGAGUAACCUGUGGAUCAUGAGCCCCGUGCACAACCUGGGUCUGCAGAUCAGUGUGGAGACUAGCAACGGUCAAAGCAUCAGCUCCAAGGAGGCGGGGCUCGUGGGUCGAGACGGCGCUCUGGAGAAGCAGCCGUUUUUAGUGGCGUUUUUCAAAGUCAGCGAAGUGCACAUCAGAACGGCGCGAUCGACCGGAGGCAAACGCCAACGGCAACAGAACCGCAACCGCUCCACACAACCGCAGGACGCACAACGAGGCCCCGCCCCCGCAGAUUAUAACAGCAGUGACCAGAAGACGGCCUGCAGACGACACGAGCUCUACGUCAGCUUCAGGGAACUGGGAUGGCAGGACUGGAUCAUUGCUCCUGAAGGCUACGCGGCGAACUACUGCGACGGCGAGUGUUCGUUCCCUCUAAACGCCCACAUGAACGCCACCAACCACGCCAUCGUCCAGACUUUGGUGCAUCUGAUGAAUCCUGAAAACGUCCCAAAGCCGUGCUGCGCUCCCACCAAACUCCACGCCAUCUCCGUGCUCUACUUCGACGACAACUCCAACGUCAUCCUGAAGAAAUACAAGAACAUGGUAGUGCGGGCGUGCGGCUGCCACUGAUACCCCCGAAAACGCUACGAAAUCUCAACGUUAUUUUGUUCAAGGGCUGCAAAACAACCUCAACGUUACGGAAAAUAAAAAACAUAUGAGAAAUAAACGGUUGGAAAGAAUUUAUAGAAGAGACUUUGGACAACCUCUUGAGCGGUUUUGUGUAUUAUGUGUCAAUGGAGAGACUAUGAACUAAGGAUGAAGAACUUUCUCACCACUUGGGCCAAAACGCCGCUCCAAGUCCACGUUUCACAUUACAACAACACAACGGGCUCGCAAUUUUUGAACAAUAUCACCGGUUUUGACACAUUUCAAUCCGUCCUACGCGAUAAACCCAUUGCCUUCAAGUAUUUUCAUCACAACUCAAAUUUGCCUUCCAGAAAUACAGAAUAUAGACUCAACCAAAGUGACCGCAGUCUAUUUCAGUGCCGUGCUGCUCCAAAUAUCUCCUCCGUGUCAAUAUUUGCAGGCCACGACGGACCGAGCCGCCUCUACGUGAAUCAUGUUGUGGGUGAAGUGAUGUUUUCCUCCAAAGACGUCCAGAAUACGGCCUUAUCCCCCGGACACACCGCAAAGGCCCAUUUCCAUGUAACUGCACUCGCAAAGUUAACAAACGCUUCCACUCUGACAACCCAUCAAGAGAGCGUGGAAAAACAUUUAGCCAGUCAAAAACAGUUGGCUGAGGGGCAGCUGUGCCAGUCUUCUGAAAUUAGCCCUCUGCUUUUUCAGCCCAAAGGUAAAAUUAUAUCGAGUUUUUGUGUGCAGUGGCAACAUCUUUCCACUCGCACUUGUAACUGUGAGCUUUGAACAACACGGACUCUUUACGGGACCUUAUUUUAUGUACAAGUAGUAAGUACCUAAUGUGCCUAACCAACAUCAAAUAUACCUCUGGUAAGCUGCUGUCUGUGUGACCAUGUUUAAGACUGUAAAUACAUUCUCUGCUUAUUUAUUGCACCUUUAUAUAAAUGUAUCACAUUCCUUAUUACCAGGCAGAUGCAAGAACAAAAUGAGAAUUAUUUUUGGAAAAAAGUUUUAUUAUGAAAUCUCAUGUUACAACUUGCCAUUAAACACUUUUUUUUGUACAAAAUGCAUGGGCGAUGAAAGCCCACGGCGUAUAAAGAAAAUACUUUGUCACUGGAGAUCCUUAGACCAUGUGCUACCCAUAAAGAACAUACUGAAAAUAA